AUGCCUACCCCGUCCUCGCCAGGCCCUCAACCUCCCUACACCAUUUCCGCCACAUGUCCAGAUCCCGAAGAACAACAGACCGCACAGCAUCCCCCCUCCGGCUGGCAUACCCGCUCUGAUGCCUAUAGUCCUGCCCACGACGUCAGCGGACGUGCUGCUCGACACUUGAGUCUUGACCAGGACGCCGACACACCUUCGAGCGCUACGAGAAGCCCUCUCGACCCUCAGUCUUUGAGCAGUGAUGGACCCACCACCGAUAUGCCAGCGACCAGUCCUUCCACCACCGCCGACACCCAAGCCCGCAUCGACCAGCACCCAAUGACAAUGGCAGAAACCGACGACGAACGGACAGACUCUCCCUGCGACGCCACCCCGUCAGACGCCCUCCACGUAUCCAUCCCACGGCAUGGCGCCGGCACAAGCACGUCAUCAGGGCCUGACAUGAAUGUGCAUAGCUCGACAGACCUGAGUCACGACGACCAGGACGACUACGCUCUGCCCAGCAUGGGACAUGGAUUCCCCUCCAAAAGGAUAAUACCAGCCUCACCGUCCACGUACUUGCGAGCAGGCAGCCGCUUCACGGGGACUCAGCAGUCCGAGAGGCAGGUCUACGAGGUCCAGGUUGAGAUCAAGUACGUCGACCUGCGGGAAUCUUUCCUGUGCGGCUACCUCCGCAUCCAAGGGUUGACUGAUGACCAUCCAACACUGACGACGUACUUCGAGGGCGAGAUUAUCGGCAACAAGUAUGGCUUCAUGACAAAACACGAGAGCUGGGGUGCCAACGACAAGACCGACCUGUCCCACUGGUCAAAGUUUCCCGCCUUCCGGCCGUACUCCAAGCAGGCGCGCAGGGGCUCCUCGGUGGUGAUAAAGGACAUUGCACAGAGCGAGCACAUCUUCAUGCGCUGGAAAGAACAUUUUCUCGUUCCCGAUCACAGGGUGCGAACCAUUAGUGGCGCGAGCUUCGAGGGGUUUUAUUAUAUCUGUUUUAAUCAGGUCCAGGGGGAGAUCAAUGGCAUUUACUUCCACAGCAAGAGCGAGAGGUUUCAGCAGCUCGAGUUAAAACACGUCGAGGAUAAGGGUUGCUACAGCGCACUGGAGUUCCGGUAA